UUGAGGCUUUGUGGAGGGAGGUUUUAAAAGUGUUAAAUUGGAAGUGAGAGGGGGAAGGGCCUAGGGGUGAAUUUGGGUGAAAAAAGGAGAAAACGAAGGUUUAAGGAAUGGACAGAGUGUCGGUGUGCCGAGGUAAAGAAAAAAGUGAGAGAGUAGGAGGAAAGUUUGGGAAGAAAGGGAUUGGGAUGAGAGAUAGGACAGGGGAGCUGCUCGGGUGAUAGAGGUUCGGGGUUUCCCUUUCCCCUGUGGAUAGGAAGAGUGCAUGUUAAGCAGCAUCAGUUGCAGCCAAUUCCAAUUGCCAGGCCCUUAGCUUUUAAUGGGGUGGGAAGGGCAAAAGGGAAUGGUCAUGUGGGUUUUGAGAACUGGGAUUGAAUGAGGGUUCAACUGGGUUUACUUUCCUAAAGUGUUCCUACCUUAUUGCUCCCUUGUUUUUCCUAGUUACAAAAAGAAGGAAAAAUGGGGAAACUGCUAGUGAGUGUGGAGGAGUGAAGGACUUUUCUAGUUUUUAACAAUUAGCAAUACAAGAAUGGGGAAAUAGAUAUGGCUGUAUUGGAGCCCUGCAUGCUAAGGUGAAGGCUCUGAAAGUCUGAGGAGGAAGACAGAAAAGACGGCUGGCAUCUAGAAAGGCCAAUUAAAGGAGCCCUUUAGUUUCCAGACCCUUUUUUUUUUGGUGUUUAAGUGCUAGAAGGGAGGGAGUCAGUAGGCAUACUUCAAAACAAACAAGAUCUCUGCUUAAAAGUAUAUGUGUGAGUGGAUGCUGCCUCAGUGGAUAUUUUGUAUUUGUGUGCAAUGGGGAAAAUAGAAUUUGGAGGAUAGUUCUGGACUGUUAAGUGAUGGGAAGAAAGUGCCUUUUUUUUGGGGGGGGGCUAUAACCACUUUCUCCUCACAAUUCUCUAAAGAUGAAAGUCAACAUUAAUAUGGUAACAAAAUAGGUGGAAUAAGGUAUUGAGGAGGUUAUCAGAGCGUAAUAAUGGGUUUUCCCAGAAGUUGCUGAAUUUGUAUUUGCCAUGAGCCAUUGGGACUAGGAAUUCUUGAAGUUGGUGUUUGUUUUGUGAAUUGACUAGGAGAGAGGGAGCCCUGGGGAUUUUGUUAUGGGUUAGUUCUCUUCUCUUCUUUAUCUAGGAGUGGAUCAAUUUGUUUGAAAUAGCUUUAGGCUUCUCUGUGAGUUUUUGAGACUGAGAUUGACUAACUCUAUUGGUCUUCAAGAUUUCAAAAUAAAGCUUGAAAUUUGACUCCCCCCCUUAUUUGUUUUUGUUUUUCUGCUGGCUUUGAAACUUGUGCUAGGAAGAGACUUCGGAAAUUAAGUUUCUUGCAGAGUAUACUGGGAAUAGCAGCUGUUGAACAGGGAUUCUGGAAAGCACUGUGUUCCUGAGCCCCCAUCAUGGCGGGCCUAAAGAGGCGGGCAAGCCAGGUGUGGCCAGAAGAACACGGUGAGCAGGAGCAUGGGCUAUAUAGUCUACACCGCAUGUUUGACAUCGUGGGCACCCACCUGACACACAGAGAUGUGCGCGUGCUUUCCUUCCUCUUUGUUGAUGUCAUUGAUGACCAUGAACGUGGACUCAUUCGAAAUGGACGUGAUUUCUUAUUGGCACUGGAGCGCCAGGGACGCUGCGAUGAGAGUAACUUCCGCCAGGUGCUGCAGCUGCUGCGCAUCAUCACUCGCCAUGACCUGCUUCCCUAUGUCACCCUCAAGAAGAGACGGGCUGUGUGCCCUGAUCUUGUAGACAAGUAUCUGGAGGAGACAUCAAUUCGAUAUGUGACCCCCAGAGCCCUCAGUGAUCCAGAACCGAGGCCUCCCCAGCCCCCUAAAACAGUGCCUCCCCACUAUCCUGUGGUGUGCUGCCCGACUUCGGGUCCUCAGAUGUGUAGCAAGCGGCCAGCCCGAGGGAGAGCCACACUUGGGAGUCAGCGAAAACGCCGGAAGUCAGUGACACCUGAUCCCAAGGAAAAGCAGACAUGUGACAUCAGACUGCGGGUUCGGGCUGAAUACUGCCAGCAUGAGACUGCUCUGCAGGGCAAUGUCUUCUCUAACAAGCAGGACCCACUUGAGCGCCAGUUUGAACGCUUUAACCAGGCCAACACCAUCCUCAAAUCCCGGGACCUGGGCUCCAUCAUCUGUGACAUCAAGUUCUCUGAGCUCACCUACCUCGAUGCAUUCUGGCGCGACUACAUCAAUGGCUCAUUACUAGAGGCACUUAAAGGUGUCUUCAUCACAGACUCCCUCAAGCAAGCUGUGGGCCAUGAAGCCAUCAAGCUGCUGGUGAAUGUGGACGAGGAGGACUAUGAGCUGGGACGACAGAAACUCCUGAGGAACUUGAUGCUGCAAGCAUUACCCUGACCUUUUCCCCUUCUUACUUCUUUGGGGACUGUUCCCACCACCCACCUCUGGAGCUUACAUACUGUUCUGGGGUUUGUUCUCUACCCUUCCAACCAAUCACACCCCUGCCUUUUUUUUUUUUUUUUUUUUAAGACAAAGGAAAAUGGAAGUGGUGUUCCCCAUCCCUCCCUGCACCCAUGUGCCUGGGCUUCCCCUUUGUUUCCUGUUUUCACUUACCCCCUAAUGUGUGUCUCUACAGCCACCUUACCACUGAGCCGUAAGACAAAUGUAUAGGGAGAAGCGAAGCCUAUAGAACAGUCUUUGUAAGGGACUGAAGUGAACACUGAUUUUGGGUGCACUGAGGGGUUAUCAAUACUUCUGGCUUUAUGAGGGCUCUUAAAUUUUGUCUGAAAAACCAAAGGGCUGCGAAUAAGGGAGCUAUGUGGAAGGUGGGACUCUGAAGUGUAUUUUGGAACUUAAUCACCACCCUCUUCCAAAUUAUAGAAUUUUUUUUAAAAAAGAAGAAACUGUGGCCCUUUCCACUCUCUCCUGGCCUCUGGUGCUGCUCCUCUCUGCCUCCUUUUCUCCAUUCCAUGGCUUGAAACUGCUGCCUGGUGUGGUCCUUCCUUUUUCCCCCUUUGUCAAAUCCUCUUCAAGGGAGUAACAGAUAAGAGGACUGGGUCUGCCUGAUCACCCCUCUCAAUUGUGAUGUGUGUGAACACACUCAUAUACAAGGUGGAUAGAGAAGAGGCUGCUGAUUAAUAUACACUCCCCCUGGAAAGGGGAAGGGGGAGUGUGAUACUUUCCUUCCAUGUUAAAGUGAAAAUAAAUAACAUACCCUGCA